AGUUGCCCUUAAGCUAUAGGUGGUGGCAGGAACCUGUGAAAUGGUCUUAAGGUGGAAACCAAGUGCGGAUUGGAACUCCAUAGAAUUUGUAUUUAUAAUGCAUAUUUGGUUUUAUAUUGGAGAGGUCUCUAACCCCAACCAUGGUUUGGGUAAAUGUCGUAGUUUUUUCCCGUACCAUGAUUUAGAAAAGUCUAACUGAAAAUAAAACACGUUAUCAUUAGAAUCUUGAUUCAAUACUUCCAAGAUUCUGAGUUUGUAUGAUGUGGUUGGGUGCGAGUGUUCUCUGCCUAAAUCGGAAGCACAAAACACUAAAGGCAAUUUUUCUCGGUCCAAACACGCUGUUAAGCGGCAACUUUGUCAUUGAAGAAGGAAGCAAUCUGCUUAACAGUGAUCAAAGCAUAUUUUGUCAAGUGCGUGAAUGUAAGCACAGAUUUGCCCCUUAGUUGAAAAUAUGUGGCUGCAAGUCCUGCGCGUACUUUGUCUUCCUCGAGGUUUUGUUUGAUCACGUACCAAAAGAGUAUUACACAAGCAGCAAACAAAUUCUUAUUAUGAGCAGGCAAAGCAAAAAUCUUUUGCAGGAUAGAUUCAGUGGAAAUGUGAUACGGUGGGCCUAUGCAAUUCAAAGCUCGACAUGACGUACCACAGCCAGUAGGUACUGCUCUCUAAGUCGCAGCAGUUAUACAGCUCAGAUAUUCAACGCUGCUGAUCAAAAUUCAGAUACUAAGAAGUUCAUGGACGGUCAAAACCCAAAAACAAGAGCACAGCAACUAACAACUAAGCUGGAGACUAAUUUUUUGGUGGGUGGACUGUGGGGCAUAUAACAUUCAUAUGCCUCCAAUAAGUCAGCAGAUCUUUGAAUGUAUACACCACGCUUGACAGAGUUGGAUUCACUUUUAAGCUUUUCUGACUUCUGAGUAUACUUAGGAAGUGAUGAAAUUCUAAGAACAAUCCAAGUGCAUGAUUAAUUUGAUGAGAUACUCUAAUUGGCUAUUCAACAUACUAAUCAAUGAUGAUGUAACAAAAGAAAAAAAAAACUAUGACGAACACUAACUAAUAAUGAAGGAUCACAAGUCAGGCUGUAAAGUAUUCACCAUCCACUCUUUCAUGCAUUUACUCGUGUUGUACUUUCCCUGCUUAAAUCAUUCUUGUUAUAUGCGUUUGUAGAAGAAAUUUUAAACAAUCUCAAACUCAUUCGUAUAUUAACUCAAUCAAAAAGGUCGUCACAUCCACGAAAAAUAUUAUCUUAAAAAUGAAAGAUGAUUAUAAGAUAAUGCUGUGUUUUCACUUUUCACUUUUCACACCUAGAUUCAUCGAGUGGAACUCAAUGGUGCUUGGCCCAGUGUAAUGCGAGUGAGCAAUUAUUUAGAACAUAAGCUGGAAGCUCCUCUCUUACAGUGCCAAGCUGUGUGAGUAUGUGACUUUCUGUUCCAGAAAAUGCAUUUUUGGGCUGGUCGUCCAUAUGGGUAAUAAUUUUCUAUAAAGGCAACUGGGUACUGCCAGUUCUCCUACUCUGUCUUGCUUCCUAAGGCUCUCCCACAUUCAAGCUUUAUAUAUCAGUAGGUGACCCUUUCUGUUCACUCCUCAACCAAAACUUAUGGUCCAAGCACUUUUCUAUCUUAAAGAAAGCACUUAUAUAAUUACCAAUGCUCCUUAGAAACUUCUUAAGAAAAAUACCUAUAUAUAUGCUACCUUAAAAGAUCUAAAAAUAUUUGCCAUAUUAAAAGUGGUAAAAAGAUGAUAUGAUCCUCCAAGUUACCUUGGGGAAGCAGGUAUAUAGCUACAUAUAUACACGCGUCUGUGUAAAUUUUUUGGUCCAUACAUCAACUAUUGAUACCAUGUUGAGGAACAGUCGUUAGCUGAAUAUGCCAAUAUACCAACUUGAGAAAAUUGCUACCUAACCAAAGCACUCUCAUAAAGAUUCUUCACUAAGUUUUCAGAGAAUAAUAAAAGGAGAAGUGUAGUCAAAGAUUAACAUUUAUACUCUCAACGUAUAACACCUUCCAAAUCCAAUACUAGAACUUUGAUGGUGCCAUAAUCAAGUUGGCUUGUGAAUAAAGUUGACAGGGAAAACACUAAGUAUUUGUUUAGAGAAGAUAAAUCCACUGUUAACUUCAUAGCUUUUGGCAGUCAUAUCUGUCAUUUGGGCUUAUUCUAAGGUUUGUUAACAACACAAACUACUUGCUCUCACACCCUUAAAGCCAGUCCUGUUUAUAAGCACCUUAGGGGAAAGUGGAGCCAUCAUUCCAAGGAAAAGAGAAAAAAAAAACAGAGAAAGAAAACGGGAGAUAACAGGCCUGGGAGAGGAAAAGAGUGUUAUUGACUGUGGUGCAAUAAUGGCAACACCAAAACAGCCAUAUGAGCAACACCAACAACAAACAAAUGUGCAGCGUGUGAGAAAUUCAGGGAUGAUUAACGUCAACCAGAGUCCAAUGAGGGAUGACAAGGAAGAGGAGAUGUCAAGAUCAGCUUUGGCAAUGUUCAGAGCAAAGGAAGAAGAAAUUGAGAGGAAGAAAAUGGAGGUGAGGGAUAAGGUUCACGCUUAUCUGGGUCGAGUAGAGGAGGAAACAAAACGCUUGGCUGAGAUUAGAGAAGAGCUUGAGGGUCUGACAGAUCCAUUGAGGAAGGAAGUUGCAAUGGUUAGAAAGAAGAUAGACAGUGUGAACAAAGAGUUAAAGCCACUGGGCCAAACCUGCCAGAGAAAGGAAAAAGAAUAUAAGGAAGCCCUUGAUGCUUUCAAUGAGAAAAACAAGGAAAAAGCUCAACUUGUUACCAAACUAAUGGAGCUGGUGACUGAAAGUGAGAAGUUGAGGAUGAAGAAGUUGGAGGAGUUAAGCAAAAACGUAGAUACCCUGAACUGAAAUUAAUGCUAAUACAAGUAACCUUACUUCUGUGUGAUGUAACUAGAACCAUGUGGUUGUAUUGUAAUGUGACAUAAUUUGUGAUUUCAUUGUAUUUUGAGAAUUUGAUUAGGAAAUCUGCAUUAGACAGACACCUAAAUUCUGAACAUUGCAAAAGUUCUUGUCAUUUGAUUGAGAUGUGUAUUCAAACUGAACAUUCAGAAACAUCUAUUUUUUUUU